UUCAAAAAGGAUGAAAAUUUCCACAUUUAAUCCUUGUCUUAAAUCUGCUAGACACAUUUUUGAAGACAAUACAAGUGAUCUCAGCCUAGUUUAUACUUCCCUAAAACUACUCGGAGCAAUUACAUUUCUGAUGAUCGUUUCAUUGGCCACUCACAUUCUUUGGACGUAUUGUUUAAGGUGUAGCCUCACUUCAAAAAUGAUCUAUUAAUACAUUCACAAAAACAGUUAAAGUUUAACUAGUUUAAAUUAGUGACAAUACGUUUGUCAAAGUCAAAAUUAUUCAGUGUUACAAUGCAAGACGAAUUCGAACAAGAAUACUGUUUCCAUUGCCAAGAAAGUUGCAGUUACAACCAACGAAGGGUACCAUGUCAAAAAUGUCGAACUUUCGGUUUUCAAUAUAUAAACACAUCUUGUGUAUGCAAAGAUCCAAACAUACCUGAAAAAGACAUUCCGUACGACUACAGACCUAAAGCGAAAAAAACCGUCCGAAUUUGCUCAAAGAACGUAAUUUGUUGCAUUUCCAGAGAACGUUUCAACUCUGGAUAUACCUCGAAUCUUUCUUGGAGUUCAGACAGUGAUAUUUGUACUUGUCCCAGAACAUCUACGCGAAACAAUCACAGAUUUUAUAGUAGAAAUACACCAAGAGCGAUCGACGCCACCUCCUGGUUUGUCGAUUCGACAAUACAGACCGAUCAGUAUUACAAGGACGAAGAAAUAAGUGUUCCCUACGAACCGGAAUUUCAAAGCAUUUAUUUCAAUGAAAACAUGAAACCAACUAACGUGAACAAUCCAAACCACAACGUGGUACUUGUUGAAGAAAUGUUGCCGAUGGUUAUUAACUCCAUUUUAGAAAACGAAAUACAAAAAAAUGCCCGCGUUAAUCAGGACGAAAAAUAUGUUACCACUUGGGAACUGAGCUACGGGAAAAACCAAAAUAUCGGUAAAAUUAUUCCCAAAACUGCGGGUCCGGAAAUUAAGUUAAAUUUCCAUGUGUCGAGACGUGCGAGUGAUUCGGAAGAAUCAAAUAAUGUGACAAACAAAAGGCGGAACAAAAGGCAUAGGAAUCGUAAGGCAAAAUCUGAAUCAGACAAGAGGUCAUUCACAAAGGAAGAAAACUCUGUAGAGUGCCAAUGUGUUCCCGAAAUCGGAUAUAAAUCUAAUGACGAUGAAAAUGCUGACUUGGAGUAUGUGGGUAAAUCUUUGGCAGAUAUAAAUAAAUGUAUAGUUCAACUUGAACAAACUGUGACUAAAAAAGUUAAGGAACAACGUAAACAAGCAAUGGGAAAGGAAGAUGAUCAAUGUAUUGAAGAAGACGAAGAAAUACCAGAAAAUGUAAUCAAGUCUUUAGGAGACAUUGGCAAGUCAAUGACAACUUUAGGGAAAUCGAUAGAAAACAAAGAGAGGGAAAUUGUUUUAAGAGAUGAAUCAGUGGAGACUGGAAAAUCCAUUACACUUAUAGGAAAAUCAAUGGUGUGUUUGGGAAAAUCCUUGACAAAAUUAAAGAAGAAGGACCGCAGAUUAUCGAAGAUUGCUAAAUCGAUGGCAUUUCUGGGAAAGUCUUUGUUAAAAAUGGGAAAUCAACAAGAUUUAAAGGAAAAGGACGAAAAAUUUACAAACGCAAUGACAGUUAUUGGAAAAUCAAUUGGAAGUUUAAGCAAAACUUUUGCUAAAAUGUCUAAAAUUCAGAAACCACAGCUCUUUACGAGUAGCUUAGAAAAUACGAUGCAAAUUCUUCAAAAAUCAGUAAAAAUAAUUAACAAUAAUUGCAGCGAACCCAUAAAUACAGAUAAAGAGAAAGAUGAAGAUGAUUUACAAGAAACUUCCUCUGUUACAGAAUCUUCUUCUAGCGUGAGUCUUUCUCAUGUAGAUAAAGAAAGCAAAAAAUGUUAUUGUAAUUUUUAUUCUUGUACUGGAAAUGACAAUCCGCCUAUUCCCUGUACAUAUUUUGCUAUUUGUCCAAAUAACAAAUCUGAAAUCCAAAAACGGAUAAUAAAGGAGAGUCAAGUUGAAGGAAAACAUUUUAAUCUAGAACUACAUAAUUCUGAUGAUGAUAUUUACUCACGUGUACACAACACACCAACUGAAAUUUCCAUCGGAGGAAACGAAAGUGAAAACUCGUUUUCAAGCACUAUUAUCAAAAUAUCAGUGAACAAAAACAAAAGUAAAAAGAAACGUUCUUCCGGACAUGAUACAGAUGAUACUAAUCUUAAAAAAAUUAACGAUGAUAAUCAAUCGAAAAUAAAAGAGCAAUUAAUUAAAACUGAUCCUAAUUGUGAGGAAACAAAUACAAACAAAAUAGAAAAUUUUAAAGAACACAUAGAUGUAGAAGCAUCAAAUGACGAAAAGAAGUAUUCAGAAAAUAAUGUAGAAGCUGAGAAGCGUUCUUUCGGAGAACAUGAUGCAAACGAUACUAAUCAUAAAAAAAUUAACGAUGAUUAUCAAUCGAAAAUAAAAGAGCAAUUAAUUAAAACUGAUCCUAAUUGUGAGGAAACAAAUACAAACAAAAAAGAGAAUUUUAAGGAACACGGGAAUACUUUCAUAGAUAUACUAGAAGCAUCAAAUGACGAAAAGAAGAAUAUUGAAAAUAAAGUAGAAGUUGAAACUGAUGCACAAAAAAAUAAAAUACCUACAGAAGUUUUGAAAAAUGAAACUCACCCUAAUGCCAUAAAUUCAAAAAAAUCAAUUGUAGAAUCGCAUGAUUUAGAGCCGAAACACAGUAAGGAUCCAAAUGCAAAAACUAUAGAAUGUUGUGAUUUAGCAAAUGUAGAUUUUGAAAACAAAGUAAUAGAUAUACUUGAAACGAUUAAACAACAUCAAGCCAAUUGUAAACCAAAAUUGAACUCACAAAAGGACCAAGAUAUUCAAACUCCACCAGAAAUUAACAAAAAAUCUACGAAAAUUGCAGAAAACGAUGACAAUAACAACAAACUAUUAGAAGAAAAACAUAAACGAGCUACACGAAGAAGUUUUAAUCAAGUCGUCAAUGUGUCAAAGUGUUUACCUGACACGAAACAUUACAAUAAAAAAUUUAAAGUAACUCUGGCUUUUCCGAAGGAAAAAGACAAUUUUAUACAGAAAAAAGUUCCCGAAAAUAACAUCGAAAUUGAGUUGAAUUCCGUUAACGAACUCAGAAACUUGUUAAACAAAAUCUCAAUUUCCGGAAACCAAAUGGAAGAAACAUUGUUUCCUCAUUUUUCCAAAGUGUAUGACAUUAAAUUUCCUAAGGAUCCUUGGCAAAGAAAUGACUCGCAAAAAGCUAAAAUAUUUACAAAACUGUUAAACAGGUUACGUCUUGUACAAGUGAAACCUGUCGAAUUGGAAAAUAAAAAGUUGUCCAAAGUUGGAAGUGGAGAUGAGAAAGAAUCUACUUCGAUUAAGAAUAGAAAAAAAAGUUCGAAAAAGAAAACAACGGGACACAUUUCCAUAGUAGACAUGACAGAAGGUCUGAAGAAAGACAUUGAUAAACUUCUUAAGGAUAUUGAUGCUUCAACCGUUGAGAACAAUCCGAAAAGGCGAGAACAAAAGAGCAGUUCCAAAGUACAAUCAAGAGACAUAAAACGACCGAGAAAAUGUUCCUUGGUUCCCUUCAGUAAGUCGAGAGACUCGGUAGAAUUGAUAGAAAUACAGCCUUAUCGCAUUCAAAAAACAACAUUAAGACUUGAACCGAGACACACAUCCUGUAAGCAAUUGGUCGAAUUAUAUAGAAAAAAAGAGGUUAGUAGCAUUUGUAAGGGAGAAAAACUACCAGAGCAACACGAAAAAAAAGAGAAAAAAACUGCAGUAAAAAAUUUGAAUGUUAAAUACAGUUGGACUGAAGUAUUAAAAUCAAUAGUCACAAAACAUUCCAAUAAGAAGGAAAAAAGAAGGUCCAGCGAACUUAUGGUUAAAAAUGAGCUGGCAAUUAUGAAGGAAGAACAGUCAAAACUAGAAAUGGAAUGUGUUGAUUCCUCGAAGAAAGAAUUGGUCAAAGUAAUGUACGUAAAUGACAAACCUAAGAAACGGAAACACCCAUAUUGUCUUGAAACACAAUACACGGUCAAUUUUGUUUUCGUUGGCGACCAUUCUGACGUAUUAGAAAGCUCCGAGACACCUUUCAGGUACACCACCUUGACAGACAACGACGAAUCGUGUGGAGAUUUCAUUAGAACCGAAAAGUACGUUAAACCGGAUCCGUUAUACGUAAAUUUGGGUAUAUACAAUAAAACUGAAUGCAAUUUUAUACCUCGGAAACCGGACGGUUUGGUGGAAGCGAAAAAUUUGAUGCAGAUUAUCAAGAAUUUCGAAGUGUACAAGGCCAGGGAAAUGGCAACGGAAAAACUAGUCAAAGAUGAUUUCAGAAAAUCUCUUCUACAAUAUAGACCAUUUAAAAAUUGCCGCAAAAAACGCAGCAAAUAUGUUGUAAGAAGGAGACAAAAAUAUGUCGUACGCCGACUGGUCAUAAAGGAGAUUAGUUUGUAUCACAUAUCAUCUGUGACGCUAUUGUUUAUUUCUAUUUAUUUAGUAUUGUGCUUCUAAAUAACUAAUAAAAAUGUUCGUUUUAA